UCUUUGUCAUAUGGUCUUUGUCCCCUCAGAGACUCAGAGUGAGGAGAGGAUGAACAUGUCCGCCAUGCAGCUGCUGCGGGUGUCGGUACAUGAGCGGAUCAGCGCUGCCGCUGAAGACUUCCUGCUGCAGGUGGAGAAAGGAGGAGGAAAGGAUCAAGUCCCGGAGCUGAGAGCGAUGCUCACCGAGCGGCUCGCGGCGGCGGGGGAACAGAUCCUCGCGGGGCUUGAGGAAAUCUUGUUAGAGUACGAGGACCGAGUGGAGCGGUCCGAGAGGGAGAUCUGCCGUCGAGGGAGGCUGCUCGAUGCCGCGAUGCAGCCCGUAGUCCGGCUGCACAGAGCAGACGUCCAGCACCUGAUGGUGAAUAAAGAAGAGGUUCCCUCUGAUGAGCAGCAGUGGAGCCCCCUUGUGGACCAGGAGGACCUAGAGCCCCCCCACAUUAAAGAGGACCCAGAGCUCCCCCACAUUAAAGAGGAACAGGAGGAACCGUGGACCAAUCAGGAUGGACAGCAGCUUCAAGGGCAGAAGGAGGCUGAUAUCAAGUUCACAUUGACUCCUGUCGCUGUGAAGAGUGAAGAAGAUGAAGAGAAACUUAAAUGGUCAAAGCUUCAUCCCAGUGAGACGACGGAGAACAGAGCAGACUUUGGAGGACCAGAACAAGCCAGGAACUCAGGUCCUGAUGGACGUUUACAACCAGAUCCUGAGGACAAGACUGAAGACUCUUCUGAGACUGAAGUCAGUGAGGAUGAUUGGAGUGAGACCAGGGAAACUCAGACUUAUUUAAAUACAAGAAAUAACAAACAGCCUCUAAGUGAUAUGGGAUGUAAGACAGAAAAAACCCAGUUUAGUUGCUCUGAGUGUGGUAAAAGAUUUAACCAUAAGAGCAAUCUAAAUAAACAUAUGAGGAUUCAUACAGGAGAGAAACCAUUUAGCUGCUCUGAGUGUGGUAAAGGAUUUAUCGGAAGGGGCCAUCUAAAUAUGCAUAUGAGGAUUCAUGCAGGAGAGAAACCGUUAAGUUGUUCUGAGUGUGGUAAAAGAUAUAACCAUAAGAGCAGUCUAAAUAUGCAUAUGAGGAUUCAUACAGAAGAGAAACCGUUUAGUUGCCCUGAGUGUAGUAAAAGAUUUCACAGAAGGUCAGAUCUAAAUACACACAUGAGGCGUCAUACAGGAGAGAAACCGUUUAGUUGCUUUGAGUGUGGUCAAAGAUAUAGCAAAAGGGGCAAUCUAAAUACACAUAUGAGGAUUCAUACAGGAGAGAAACCGUUUAGUUGCUCUGAGUGUGGUAAAAGAUUUAGCCAUAAGUGCAGUUUAAAUAAACAUGUGAUGAAUCAUACAGGAAAGAAACCGUUUAGUUGCCCUGAAUGUGGUAAAAUAUAUACCGACAGGGGCACUCUAAAGACACAUAUGAGGAUUCAUACAGGAGAGAAACCGUUUAGUUGCCCUGAAUGUGGUCAAAGAUAUACCUACAGGGGCAAUCUAAAGACACAUAUGAGGAUUCAUACAGGAGAGAAACCGUUUAGUUGCCCUGAGUGUGGUAAAAGAUUUAACCAAAGGUCCUCUCUGAAUAGACACAUGAGGACUCAUACAGGAGAGAAAUCGUUAAGUUGAUCUGAGUGUGAUAAAAGAUUUAAGAUUCGGUCAUACUGUAUGAGACGUGAGGAUUCAUAUAGGAGAGAAGUGAUUCAAAUGCAACCUUUGCAACAAAAUAUUUAUUAGGAACCGUGAGCAAAUAUUCAUAUCAUACAUAUUAAUAGUUCACUGUUUUAAUGGGGACAUAUUAUGAAAAUUCCACUUUUGUAGUGCUUCUACACAUUAAUUUGGGUAUCUGGCAUGUCUACCGUGCCAAAAACUUUGGAAAAAAACAACUCCUGCGAUUUGUUGUGGUUCCUCUAUGUCAGAAACGAGACGGGGUUAAGACGGAAAGUACGUAAUUUUCCAACCAUGCCCAUGUAGGGAGCCUUGCUACCUGGCCUUGGACCAUUCCCCACCAUCAUCUCACCGGCUCCGGAGAGAGACGGCCCGGCUCCCCGGCUAGCUAGGGGAGACGCUGGAGCGCGUCUCCCCUAGCUAGCUACCCGUCAGACAAUCUAAGUGGCCGCAUAAACAUGCCGAUCGUCAAGGCGGAGACCCCUGGGACACCUCUAAACGUUGACACAGCAGUGUGGAAGGAGGAUGCUGCUGCGCCAGCUCCAGCUCCCACUGCUUGGCGGCACUGGGGCUCUGGCAGCCAGGCUUCGGCCCACCUGACACUGGUUCAAAACGAUAAGGUUGAAAGAUUGUCCUCUUUGUCUCCACUAGCCAUAUUUCUACAGAGGUAAUUGAUAGGUAAAAUUCUGGGUGCUUGUAUCUCAUGAAGGGGGGGGGGGGGCACUCAAAACAGGUCAAUCUGAGGAGGGCUGUUUUAUUAGGUAAAAUAGGGUGUUGUUUUAAAUGAUCCUUUUGGUAUUUUGAUCAAAAUAUGCUACAGACAUUUCAUUAAGACCUCUAGGAACCAUAUCGACUGUUGUAAAAUGGGCAAGCGAUGGGUCCUUUAAGUAGACUAUUAACAGUUUUUAUAUCCCUAGAAAAUAUUACUCAUUCAAAUUAGUGUUUAUAAAUCUUGUUACUCCUGAUUUGUACAUAAUUUAUCUAUUUUUCAUAAAGUCCUUCAUAUCAUUUUAAGGUUAAAUUGUGUUCCUUGCCCAGUAUGAAUCUGUGUUCUUAAUUAGUUAAUAUGAUUAAAUGUGUUUGUUUUAAGACAA